CGGAGCGUCAUGGCGGGGCGGCCGCGGCGGAGGGGGGUGGUCUACCGGAGGCUGCGGCGGGUGGGCGGCGAGGAGGAGGAAGAGGAGGAGGAGGAGGAGCGGCGGUUCGGGGCGUUGGAGGAGCCGCCGCCCUCCCCCGGGGACCCCCGCUACUUCCAGGACGAUGUAGACCAGUUCCACGAGGAGCGGAGUCGGGCGGCGCUGGGGGCCGGCGGGGAACACCGGGAAGAGGACGAGGAGGAAGAGGAGGAGGAGGACGAGGUGCUGGCCCUCGAGCUCCAAGACGACGACGACGACGAGGAGGAGGAGGAAGAAGAAGAGGAGGAGGAGGAGGAGGAGGAAGAAGAGGAGGAGGAGGAGGUGGUGCUGGGCCUCAAGCUGCACGACAAGAAGGAGAAGAAAAGGCAUCCGGAGGAGGAGGAGGUGCUGGGCCUCGAGCUGCACGACGAGGAAGAGGAGGAAGAAGAGGAGGAGGGGCUGGGCCUCAAGCUGCACGACCAGAAGGAGAAGAAAAGGCAUCCUGAAAAGGAGAGGGUGCCGGGCCUCCAGCUGCACGACCAGAAGAAGAGGAAGAGGCAUCCCGACCAGGAGGAGAGGGUGCUGGGCCUCGAGCUGCACGACGAGGAAGAGGAGGAAGAAGAGGAGGAGGGGCUGGGCCUCAAGCUGCACGACCAGAAGGAGAAGAAAAGGCAUCCGGAGAAGGAGGAGAGGGUGCCGGGCCUCCAGCUGCACGACCAGAAGAAGAGGAAGAGGCAUCCCGAGAAGGAGGAGAGGGUGCCGGCUUUCCAGCCGCACGACGAGAAGAAGAAAAGGCGUCCCGAGAAGGAGGAGAGGGUGCUGGGCCUCGAGCCGGAGGAGGAGGAGGAGGAGGAGGAAGAGCCGCAGCCGCCUGGCGACGAGGAGCCACGAGAAGGGGACGGGGAGGAGGAGGAGGAGGAUGGAGAGGAGGAGGACGGGGACGACGGCGGGAGCUCGGUGCAGAGCGACGCCGAAGCCCCCGCGGACCCCACGCUGUCCUGGGGCCGACGGAAGAAGAUCUACUACGACACGGACUACGGGUCGGAGGCCCCGGGCCGGCCGGAGGCCGAGGAGGCCGAGCGGGAGGAGGAGGAGGCGGAGGCGCGGGCCAUCCAGCUGCGCCUGGCCCGGGCCCUGCACGAGGACGACUUCGGCGUCGGCUGGCUGGAGGCCUUCGCCCGGCCCCGCCCGCCGGCCGCCGGGCCCGAGACCGCGGUGGCGCGGGACCUGGCCCGGCUGUCCCGCAAGGAGCGGCUGGACAUGCUGCGGAAGGAGUCGCCCGAGCUGAUGGAGCUGGCGGCGGACCUGAAGGCCAAGCUGACCCGGCUGAAGGAGGAGGUGGAGCCCCUGCUGUGCCUGGCCGAGAGCCACGUCAUCCCCCGGGGCCCCGGGAGCCGCUACCUGCGGGCCAAGUACGGCCUCUACCUCAACUACUGCUCCAACCUCAGCUUCUACCUGGUCCUCAAGGCCCGGCGGGCCCCCGUCCGCGGCCACCCCGUGGUCGAGAGGCUCGUCGCCUACCGCGGCCUCAUCGACAGGCUGGCGGCCGUCGACGGGAGGCUGGAGGACGAGGUCCGGCGCCUCCUCGGCCCGGUCCCGGGCGGGCGGGGGCCGCGGGCCGCUCCCGGGGGCCGGCCCGCCGGGGCCUCGGGGGCCCCCGGCCCGCCCCGCCCCGACCACGGAGCCGCCCUCCGGCUGUCCGCGGCGACGGAGGAGAGGCCCGGGCCCAAGAGGAAGAAGGACGACCCGAGGACCGGGGGGGCCCCGGCCGACGGGGCGGGCGACGGUCCGGACGCCAAGAGGGCCAUCACCUACCAGAUCGCCAAAAACCGAGGCCUGACCCCCAGGAGGAAGAAGAUCGACCGGAACCCGAGGGUCAAGCACCGGGAGAAGUACCGCAGGGCCAAGAUCCGCAGGAAGGGGCAGGUCCGGGAGGUCCGCCGAGAAGAGCGGCGCUACGGCGGGGAGUUGUCCGGCAUCCGCGCUGGCGUGAAGAAGAGCGUCAAGCUGAAAUAAGCGCCCGGGGCUCGCCGCCGGCUCCGGGUCACGCACCUUUAGGCAAUAAAUUUUUCUACUUUAAACCGCA